CUGAGGCGGCUCGGCCACCGGGCGUGGCCAAAGCGGCCGCCGAGAGGCUUGUUUGCUCGGCCAGCAGGGCGGAGGCGGCGGCGGCGCGGACCCCCCGGUUUUUUUUUGUCCCCCCCGGCGAGGAAGAGGAGCCGAUGGGACCCCGGCCACAAGCUUGAAAAAAAGAAAAAAAGCCCAGCCAACUUGGGUGCAAAAGUUCCUGGCUUCCCAUCGCGUUGUCUGUUGCCACUGAUGGAAUCCUGACCCCGGCAGCCAUUUUCGUGGCACUCAACUGUCAGCUGUUUACUCAGUGGCUGGGGACAGUUCUCAGGAAGGGAAGCCCAGACGUGACUUUGCUGCCCUCUAAAAGAUGCACUACUACCGAUAUCCUUCUGCUGAAAUCAGCUGUUGGUAUAAAUAUCUCCUCUUCAGCUACAACAUCAUCUUCUGGUUAGCUGGUGUUGCCUUUCUUGGAGCUGGUCUUUGGGCAUGGAGUGAAAAGGGUGUGCUGUCUGACCUAUCCAAGAUGACUCGCCUGCAUGGCUUUGAUCCUGUGUUCCUUAUCUUGUUCGUUGGAGGCGUGAUGUUCAUUUUGGGGUUUGCCGGCUGCGUGGGAGCCCUGCGUGAAAAUAUUUGCCUCUUGAAAUUUUUCUGUGGGACCAUCGUGCUCAUUUUCAUUCUGGAGUUGGCCUUGGCUGUUCUGGCGUUCUUGUUCCAGGACUGGGUGAAAGACCGAGUAGAGACUUUCUUCAAAAACAACAUUAAGGCCUACAGAGAUGACAUUGACUUACAGAACCUCAUUGAUUCAUUGCAAAAAAUGAACCAGUGUUGUGGUGCUCAGAGUCCAAACGAUUGGAACCUCAACAUUUAUUUCAACUGUAGCAGUGUGAGCAAAAGUCGGGAAAGAUGCGGAGUCCCCUUUUCCUGUUGUAUCCAAGAUCCUGCGCAAAAUGUGGUGAACACCCAGUGUGGCUACGAUGUCAGAAAUAUGUCUUUAUCGAAUUGGGAGGAACGAAUCUACACAAGGGGCUGCAUCGCUGCACUGGAAGCCUGGCUGCCCAGAAAUAUUUAUAUCGUUGCAGGCGUCUUUGUUGCGAUUUCAUUAUUGCAGAUAUUUGGGAUUUUCCUGGCUAAGACGCUGAUUUCUGAUAUUGAUGCAGUGAAGUCCGGCUUUUAUUUCCCAAGAUAAAAACUAUCCACAAAGACCAAUUGAUCUUCAUUCUUUGUACCACGAUUGUAAAGGGAAACGAAAGGAAGCCGGAGGCUUAGAAAACAUUGAAUUCAUCUAGAAGUUAAAACCACUAUAUGUCUUUGGUUAAAAUACUGGAUGGCCUCCUGCUCUAAUUUUUGUGAAUUGUUUUUCAACAUUGUUUUGUUUGAAGGAGACACAUUCACCUCCAGCCUUCCUCUGCGUGCUGCUGGGUGAAGACCAGGGCGUGCAACAUCAACCUCCUUUUACUGAUGUCCGUAUCAGAACCACUGUCUCUAUUUUCUUUUUUCCUCCUUCCUUUUUCUUUACAAUAUUUUGAAGUUAGAAUGUUACAUUCCAAAUGUUGAUCAGUGCCUAGGAAAAAAAAAAGAAGUCACACGAUGCCAAAUAAUUAUAUCUUAAGGGUGGGGAGAUGGGAGAGGAAGGCUGUAAGAUUAUGCCGAUAUUGAAAACACGUUCAGGGAAUGUUGUGCAUGUUGACAAAUGAGUUUUUACAUGGAAGCCAUGUUUGUAGAGUUGUAUGGAUGGGUGGGACGAAGGAUUCCUGCUCUUCCUUAACCCUUUGGUUGGACCUCAUGGGCUUUUUCCUCCUGUGGAACAGAUCUAAUGAAUCCAUUUGAGAAUCUACGAGAUCUGGAGAGGACACUGGCUUUGAUUCAAAAGGAACUCUCAUCAGAUUGAAAAUCUUUACCUAAGUGGAUUUAUAAAAACAAACAAACAAAUGCUCUUCUUUUCAUU